CGCUCCCUGAAAGUGUGUCCCGGGGCGCGCUGGAAUAUGGAAACUGUAGUUCCGCGCAAAGGCGACAGAAAGGGACGUACAUGUCACAAGGCACACUGACUUCUCCUGACGCUGGGGAUUUUAACAAUGAAAAGCCGAUGUUGAAGACUCAUUUGGUGCAUGCUUUUUUCAGAAUGCUGUGAGGGCGGAAAUGUACCCCUAAAAAACAAGAACCUUCCCGAGGACAGCGCUUAGUGGCUAGCCGCAAGAUCCGCUGAAACAUCAACCAGUUGGAGAGCUUGGUGCUUAGUGGGACUGAAGCCGGAAGUGAAAAGCGGGACAACUGCAAUGUUCUUGGUGGGCUUGACUGGUGGGAUAGCUUCAGGGAAGAGCACAGUUGUGUCCAUUCUACGAGAACUAGGCUGCGCUGUGAUUGAUGCAGAUCUCAUUGCCAGGCAAGUGGUCCGUCUCGGCACCCCAGCAUACUCCCAGAUUGUGCAGCAUUUUGGGGAUGGUGUGCUGCUGGUGAGUGGGGAGCUAGACAGAGAAAAGUUGGGUGCCAUUAUAUUUUCUGAUCCAGAGAAAAGAUGCAUAAUAAACUCCAUCACUCACCCACAAAUCCGCAGAGAGAUGCUGAGACAGACGCUCUGGUACUUCUUCCUAGGCUACAGGUAUGUGAUCCUCGACAUUCCAUUACUUUUUGAGUCCAGGAGCAUGACACGCUACAUGAAGCACACUAUGCUGGUAUACUGUGACCCACAGACGCAGCUGGAGAGGCUUAUGCGGAGAAACAGCCUUUCCCGAGAUGAGGCCACAAAGCGCAUUGCUGCACAACUCCCACUGGACAGCAAGCUGCCCUUAGCCGAUCACGUGAUUGACAACUCAGGGGACAGGGACAAUACUCGACGGCAGGUCCUGCAGCUCCAUGCUCGGCUAGAAUCCUCUCUAGCCUAUCUUCCUGUCAGGAUCACUGCUGCUACUGUGGCCACAGGACUGGUAGUUUUAGCUUGCGGCCUUCUCCGAAGACUCUGGCAAUGAAGAUAGUAGAAGGUUAACCUCAUUGAAAAGCAUUAUGGCCUAGUGAUGUUUUCCUGGGUCAGUCCCAUGUAGGAUCACAACAAGGUCCUGUCAGUGACACACAUAAUUUAAAAAAAAUAUUUUAAGAAUUUAUUUUAGAUUUUAACCAAUUAUUGCCCCGAAUGUUGUUAAUUCUGCAUAUUACAGGGGCAAAGCAAGGCACGAUAUAAAGCUAAACUGCACUGCAAAACAGCUCCCAGUUGCAGCUCAUACAUGGAGCUGUAAUGUUACUGAGAGAGCUGUACCCUUGGAACAACUUGCAUCAGUGGUUUAAUUGAAGGUAAUUGCCAUUGGUUUAAAGUAGUCCCAUGCACAUGCACAAAAGUAGUCCCAUGUAGUAGUCCCAUGCACAACCAUAUCCUGCUGUUUAUUCACUUUUGUCUGAAGGAAGCUGUUUGAAUUCACAGUCUUUUACCUGGGGCAAGAGCUACCCAAAAGCAGAUGCCCACUUUCAGUUUUAUUAUGCAGUUGAAGCUGGAACGUCACCACUUUACAAACACAUCUACUCUUACUUUGUACUUUGUUUUCCAUGUACCCCAAUCCUGUUUCAGGGGUGAUUUAGGCUGCUUCCUUUACCCCCCAGCCAACCUGGAUCCACCUCUUAUCUCUGUAGAGAAUCGGGGCAGGAAAGAGACUGGGCAGGAAAACAGAUAUUCUCUGACAAAUAAGUGUGAAACUUCCAUGCAGGUUAUGUGCAUUCCAUGGGUUUGUAUAAAACUUCCUUCCUGCAUAAGUGCAGUCUAAGGUGAGGUGCUGAUUUCCCCCUCGUGGAAGCAAUGGCCAUAUGUGCACUGCAUUCUUGGACUUGUGUUAUUAAAAAACUAUGCAUAGUGGGGGUCAGGGGGAGAUCUGCUGUACAGACCCACAUCUUUUAUACUUUUUAAAUUAUAUUUAUUGAAUAUUGUUUUCUCUGAAAAAAGGGCUGAAAAUAAUGAAUUUCCCUAGUGUAUAUCCCAGGGACUGUCACUGUUUUAUACCUUUCUAAAAAUCAAGCUGAAAUGGAACAAUUUAGGAAAGGGGUUCAACCCUAUAUUUUAAUUACUUAAGAUUUAAGAUACUUAAGAUUUUUGCAAAGUGAACUUUUUAAAACAACUAUUAUAAUAAAAAUAUAUACCUUGA